AUGAAUUUGCUCCCCCUCCUCGUCCUGCUGGCCCUGUGCUGGCCUGCACACAGCACAUGUGGAGGGACCUGUGCGCUCCGGCCCAUGGCUUCUCACUACGGCAUGUCACGCGUCGUGGGUGGCACAGAUGCCCAGCCAGCGACCUGGCCCCUCUGGAUCAUCGGCAUCCAGGGUCCCUGGAAAACGGGCACAGGGCAUCUGUGCGGAGGGUCCCUCAUCAGCCCACAGUGGGUCCUCGCGGCAGCCCACCUCUUCACUGAGGCCAGCCCCUCUCUCCCUCUGCCUUCCAGGCACAUCACCAUGUGGCGCGUGGUGAUCGGGGCCACCCGGUUGCCUCAGCUGGGCCCUGAGGCCCAAGUGCGCAAUAUCAAGCGGCUACUGGUUCACGAGCACUACAGUAACAUCACGCAGAGGAACGACAUCGCCCUGCUGGAACUGGACCGGCCUGUGCAGUGCAGCUACUCCAUCCAGCUUGCCUGUGUGCCCGACGCCUCGCUGAGAGUGUCGGAGCUGACAACCUGCUACGCCAGCACCAUGUGGCGCGUGGUGAUCGGGGCCACCCGGUUGCCUCAGCUGGGCCCUGAGGCCCAAGUGCGCAAUAUCAAGCGGCUACUGGUUCACAAGCACUACAGUAACAUCACGCAGAGGAACGACAUCGCCCUGCUGGAACUGGACCAGCCUGUGCAGUGCAGCUACUCCAUCCAGCUUGCCUGUGUGCCCGACGCCUCGCUGAGAGUGUCGGAGCUGACAACCUGCUACGCCAGCGGCUGGGGUUCCACGACUGCAAGAUCUGGAGGAUCAACUGAUGUCCUGCAGGAGGCCAAGGUCCGCCUCAUUGAUGUCAACCUCUGUAACAGCAGCGGGUGGUACAGAGGGGCCAUCCACACCCACAACCUGUGUGCUGGCUAUGCGCAGGGUGGCAUCGACACCUGCCAGGGUGACGGCGGUGGUCCUCUCACCUGCAAAGAUAACAACGCUGACUACUUCUGGCUCGUUGGAGUGACCAGCUGGAGGAAAGGCUGUGCGAGAGCAAAAUAGCCCGGAGUCUACACCUCCGCUCAGCACUUUUACGACUGGAUCCUGCUACAGAUGGGACUGCGCCCAGCAGGAAGGGGCAGUCCAACAUCACGGGCAUGGAGUCAUUUUCUCACCGCCUCAACUCCCUUUCAGAGGCCAAGCCCAAUACCAACACAGUCGGGCAGGUUUAGCUCCUGCCCAUUUCCACUCCAGAGGCUGGUGGAGUUCUUCACUUGGGUGCAGGAGCUCCUGCAGGUCCUGAGAGGAAGAAAGGCUUGAGCAG